UUCCGUACGGUCGGGCUUCGGAUUUAUGUGUUGCGUACAAUCGCGCGGAUAUUUUAUGAUUUGUACCAACAGGAGUGUGUAACAAGUUUUGAUUCGACACUGUCGAGUGGAUCGGAACGGCUACUAGGGUGGGUGACGGUAAAAGACCGGUCAGGUGUUCUCGUAGCGUCACCAUCCCGGACAAUGUGAUUUUAAGACGCUUAUGUUGAAUGAACGUACGGAUUUCGAAUGGUGCAUUUCGGGUUCGGGGUGUUUUUACUCUUUGUGAAACCGGCGAAAACGAAUGAAAGAACUGUGAACGGCUUAUGUGUGAACGAUAGAUGCUAAUCGAGAAGCACUGCUCGGAGAAAUUGGAUCACUCCGUGCAUGUCCUGAUUACGAUAGGACCACACACGAAAAGGUACCGAGGGAACGCGCCGAUGUGAAUGACGGUGGUGUCGAUGAUGACGGUUGUGAUUCCACAGUUUCAAAUUCCAAUUUAUUAGCAUUGUUCAUUGUCGUGUGAAGAGCUGACAGAGAGCGGUGGGGGGCGCGUGGUAUCCUGGAUGAGGAUGAGUGAUUUCGCAUGCUGAAAAUCUUGUGAAUAUCGCAACGGUAAGAAUAAUAACGAUACGAAGAAGACGCGGGUAGUUCAUCUGUUUGUUUUUGCCACUGCGAGACUCUCGAAAACAGUGAAGGGUGACAGGCUUGUGUUCUGAUUCUGUCGUGUUUUUGCGCGCAAACAUCGGAAGCGUUUGAAAUAGCCUAGUUUAUGUUCCGCUCAUCGGCGCGUCUGUUUUCUUUUUUCGGGGAUGAUAACAAUUGCGUGACAUAGAAAAGCGUGCCCAGCCAGUGAACUCUCCAUGCCAAUGGGUGGAGGAAAUUGCCUUAUGGUGGUGAGAAUGUGCGUGUCUGGGAAAGUUUUUGCUCCCUAAUAUAUAGUGGAAUUAGCUUUUAUUGUUAUGGCAAAAGCGCUGGAGGCAGUUGUUGAUGUUUCAUAACGAUGAUUGUUAUCUGAGAUUGAGUAUUAACAAUUAUGUUUAUUCGUCGAGUCGACGUGUGGCAGUUUGUUUUUGAUAGAUGUUAAUUGGAAUCUACGAUAUGGUGGAAGGAGAGUGCCAUUGAGCUACCGCGAAGUUCUGCUUGAGGAUUGAUGCAUUGAAUGUUGCGAUAGUAAAUUGCGGAGACGAGUUCGUACGAGUUAUAAAUGUGUCUCGGAAUUGGACAUUCAAGUUUUUUUGGGUCUAGAAACUAAGAGAUUAUCACAUAACAUCUCCAUCUAAUCUCUCCGCUCUGCGUUCAAUCCAGACAGCAUCGUACUACAGAGGUAGUAUUACCAGCUAAGCCGAUUAUGGUGUCUGUCACAUGCUCGAACAGCUGAAGUUGCCACAUAUAAUUGGUGUUGCUACCGUUUUGACUUGCGAAAGAAAUGUCGUCAGGGACAGAAUUCCUCCGGAUGUCACGUCGUUCUGAGCAGCCAUCAGUAAUAACCCAAUGAAGUUCCACUUCCCAUCGGAGAAGAACUUGAAUCAUCAACGGAGCAGCCCUGAAGCACUAUCCAGCAUGAAGCAUCGAUGCAAUUACGAGUGCACCCACCGCUAAAUGACAACCCGAAAAACGAAACAAUUAGUCUCAUUCUCAGUGAUAUAAAUGCACCGUCAGAAUCGCGUAAAUGAAUUAACAUCGGCGAAGUUCUCGAUUCGACGGGACAGCGAACAGCUGCAUUCAGUGUGACGGCUGUUGUGUGGCAAAACUGUGCAAAUUUGGCAAAUAAAGAGUGGUUCACUCGUGGUGGAAAAUAAUAAUAUAUAAAAGUGCACAAUAGAAAGUGGUGGAGUUGUAAAGUGCAUUGGUCGCCGCGAAUUUGGUGGGACGUUGGGAGGAAGAAAAAAAACGGAAUCGCUUUGGGCAUCGAGAGCAUACAUAUCUAAAAGUGGCGCAUAAAAUCGUAACAGGAGCAACAGAGUGCCGAAACGGAGCCUAGAAAUGGGACACAUAAAUUUUGUGGAGCUCAAGCUUUUGUUGAAUAUAUUGUUCAUAGCCAUACUGGUAAACGGUCAUGGAUCGCAAACCGAAUCACAGCCGGAGUUUUUGGCCCCACUGGACAACCUCACGGUGACACAAGGGCGGGACGUGUCGUUCACCUGUGUGGUGAACAAUCUUGGACAAUAUCGGGUGGCAUGGAUAAAGUCCGACUCGAAGGCGAUCCUGGCCAUCCACACACAUAUGGUGGCGGUGAAUCCACGCCUAUCGGUCACGCACAACGGACACAACACCUGGAAGCUGCACAUUUCGCACGUUCAGCUGAACGACUCCGGAAGCUAUAUGUGCCAAGUCAACACGGAUCCAAUGCGGCAUCAGUCAGGCAACUUAGACGUGGUAGUCCCACCAGAUAUACUGAACACAAACGAUCCGAACAGUGCCUCCUUAGAGGAGGGCGUUGCCAACGAGGGUGGCAACAUCCAACUUGUGUGCCAAGCGGUAGGAGUGCCGCUACCAAAUGUUCAAUGGCGUCGGGAAGGGAGCAAGGAUAUCGUCGUUCGCAAUGAUGGACGGGAUAAGCAAGUGGUGAAAUUCGUCGAAGGAGAAAGACUGAUAUUGAAUCAAGUGCAACGAACAGAUAUGGGAGGAUAUUUGUGUAUUGCUUCAAAUGGAAUACCUCCCUCGGUUAGCAAACGAUACGAUGUUCAAGUCAACUUCCCACCGAACGUGAAGGCAGGCAAUCAGCUAGUGGCAGCUCCAGUGGAGAGCCACGUUAUGCUACAGUGCAUCGUGGAGGCGUUCCCAGCGCCCCUCAAUGGAUGGUACAAAAAUGACGGAAUCAAACUUUACGAAGGAGAAAAGUAUGUGACCAGCGAGGAGAAAAUCAACGCGUUCAGCUGGCAGCUGAAUCUGACGGUGAAAAACCUCCAGAAGUCCGACUUCGGAGCUUACGUGUGCUCCAGCAUUAACGCCCUUGGGAAGGCGGACGCGAGGAUACGAUUGCAGGAGCUUCGGUUACCCCCGAAGCCGACGACAACUCCCACACCGUACGUGCCGCCUACACCGAAGCAGCCUAGGCGAAAGCAGCAUCAUCAGAGCCAUGGCAAGGCGAGCCACGAUAGCAACGGAAAGGGUGGCCUGAGCGGUGGAUUCAACCGAGACAGCUACAUCAUCAAUCACAUCCAGGAGAACGACUUGCUCGGUGGUUUCGCUUCGGAUGUGCCACCCAGAGGAGGAGCCCUCGGCCCGGGCGCUGGCUACGGAUCGGGAUCGGGAGGUACGUAUGGCGUGGGGUCCGGAACCAACGGCGGAGCCGGUACCGGUGGAAGCAGUUUAGAGAAGGCACGCAACACCCAGAUGCCUGCGCCCAUCCCUUCGCGGCAACCGCCCCACUGGAUACGCAACAGCGGCUCGGCUUCGACCACUUCGGCGCCCACAUUCGGAGCGGCCCAACUCGCCGGGCUGCUGCCCCGGCGGUGGCUGGCGUGCGCUAGCUGUUGUUUGCUGAUGAUUUAUGGUCUGUUGAUGGUGCUGACAUUUACAUGAAAUUAUGUCUAUGGGUGUUAUCAUUACUGUUAGGAUGCGUGUGCAUGUUAUCAUCGUUAUAAAUAUAACUCAAUGUGUACUAAUAUUUAUUCGGUAAAUACAGCGUUGAGUGAUCCUCUGGAGCGGAGCCGUGCCUCGGUCGGGAUGUGUGUUACUGGUCUUCUGGUUGAUCCCAGCGGGUGGUCAUCGAUGAUUUUUAAGCUUAUUGCAAUUUUGUUUAUUCAAAUUGUUCCAGUCUGGUUUCAAUGAUAGCGAUUACAUCUUUGAGUUGUGGCUUCAACUAAAUCAUGCGGAACAAUAAAUAUAUGAAAUAAUUUUCAAUAGUAGAAUUUCCUCGUAAAUUGAUGCUAUUUAUUUAUAUUUUAUUUUGCAUUUUUCAUACACAUGUGGUCGGGAUCGUUUUUCAGGGCUAUACAACACACUUAUAAUUUAAAAACGUUUUACUUGUGCGAUGCCUUGAUAAUUCUGCUUUUCAUCUAUUAUUUAUUCCUUACAAACAAAAUUAUUUUAACAGUUAUGUCACUCCACUAUACACGCCCAAUUACCAAAAACGCUGGUAACGCUUAUCUCGCUUAUCAAUCACGAGCUUCGAGCACCUCCGAGGAUCACUCCAUUCUGGACAGGGCAAAUAUUUACACUUUUCAAUCUGACGGUUACUAUCGAGAAUAUCGUGUGCGUGCGUGUGUGCGUGCGUGUGUGCGUGCGUGUGUGCGUGGGCGUGCGUUUAUAAAUGCUGAAUAUGAGUGAGCAAAAGGGAUACAUAAUCAAAAAGUUGAGUAUAAAAUAGUGCAUAGUUACGUAAAAUUGAUUUUCCACUAAUGCAUAGAAAACAAAAAAAGAUGAAUUCAGAGAGUGAUCAACGAUGAUGAGGUAGGUAAAUUUGAGAUGGUAAACAGCAUAUGGUGAAUAUCAGACACAGACAAAAAAACUGGUAAUAUAUACGGUUAUAAACUAAAGAAACGUCAGCAUGGUGAAAUGUACAUAUUAUUGGUUUAUUCAGAAACAUAUUGACGUUUGUAUGGGCACUCCAUCAAUCAUUAUAAUCGGUUGAUACUGUAACUAAUGGCUUUUUGAAAACUGAAACAUACAGAUCCGAAAAAGUAGAAACGAAAAGUUGGAAAGUUGAGUCUCGCGGUAACAGGAUACAUUGAAUGUGUGUGCGUGUGGGAUCGAUGUGAUGCGGACAAAAUGUUAAUUGCGUUAUUUUAUUAUAAGUGCACUUUUUGACUAUACAUUAGUGGGUUUGUUGCUAUCAAGCUGCGAGUCAUAAAUCAAAUUAUCUCAUCGAAUACGAAUGAUAAUGGGAUUAAGGGCGAGAAGCUGCACGCUGUUAGAUAAAGCUAUUUUAUGAACCAUUCAGUGAUUGUUGUGCGUUACAAGUAAUCCUGAUUUGUUCUCUGUUGAUAGGUAGUACUUUGACAAUUCAGGUGUGCCAAUUAAAACUGGGACAUAAUAGUUAUAGGUGGCAAAAAUAUGUUAUAUAAGGGAACCUUAAGUAAAAGUUAUAAAAAUAUAUAACUAUCUCACCACGAAUCGAUAAUCUAAGUCUCUAUUAAUCAUAAAAAAUGUUUUGAGGUAUUAAUUUCGCUAAAUUGAUGUGCUCGGUAACUUUGAAAAAUAAGAAAGUGUUGGGAAAGGCGGACGCUUGAAGGGAAAGAUGGACACUAACUGUUAUUAUAUAUAAUUAUAUUUUGAAAUUCAAGUUGAUGUACUCUACAGUUUUUGGAAGUCUUCAAAUAGGCUUUAAAAAUGAUUGAACGAAAAGGCUUCACUAAAAUCACCUAAAAGGGCCUGGUUUUUAUUCUCAUUUUUUCUUGUCUAAAAUAACUUUCGGCAUCCGGAAUGACAGAUUCGGAUUAAGUUUGAUCUAGGCUUUUCCAGUCAUCUGAGUAUGUUUAUUGAACGAAUGCUUCAGUCCGUUUUUUGCCCAAUUCGAAAACAAAUAUUUUGACUUCAGUCAUGGACUUCCCAUCGCUGGACCUUUACCAAGAUUUUACCAUAAGAAGCGAACCAUCGUUCCGUUCAUCUGUUACAAAGGCAGUAACAUAGAGGUUCAGGUUCUAUUUGAAGGUUGUGUCCCAUUCACCCGAAUACCAUUCACCCGAAACACGUUUAACCGAAGCACAUUUACCCGAAUGUAACACAUACCCGAAUGAAAUUCAUCCGAAUGUAACAAAUACCCGAAUGUAACAUAUGCCCGAAUGGGCAUUUACCCGAAUGCGCAAAUACCCGAACGGACAUUUACCCGAAUGGAACGUUUACCCGAAUGUAGCAAAUACCCGAAUGCGACAUUUACCCGAAUGGAAUGGUUACCUGAAUGAAGAAGCGGCGGCCUCUCGCAAUCAAAGCUUUGUUCCACCGAUUGCCCGGUUUGUUUGAAACAUAGGAGACGAUCCUUUAGUCAGGUCCGACCGAGCGCUAGCCUGGUGCAUUACGUUUGCCCGGUUAACUAUGCAUGUCGUGUAUUUUGAUAUCAGAAGAAAUUUUAUUGCCAAAAAAUAAAUUCAUAAUCAAAAUUGCACUUCAGUGCCAUAAUACGUAUGUACCAAAAUUGUCAGCUUUUUUUUUUUGAGUAAACGGGCUGCGUCAUCCAUAUAAAUGGAUAAACUUAUAAUACGUUAUAAAACUCCAUUCUUCCACUUUUCAUUAUUUUGAAAAGGAACUUAUUCGACGCUACUAUUUAUCAUAUUGCGCUACCCACGAAAAAUACUUUUUGAAUGGAAAUGAACAUACGAGAAAAAUAUGAUCUUCAUAAAACACUGAUCAGAAAUAAAUAUACAAAUGCUUCCUAAAAAUAACAUUAUUCGAAUAUAUCCUUCUUUCGGGUAAGUGUCGCAUUCGGGUAGAUGUUACAUUCCGGUAAAUUUUAUAUUCGGGUAAAUGUUACAUUCGGGUAAAUGUUACAUUCGGGUGACUGUCAUAUUCGGGUAAUUGUUGCAUUCGGGUAAAUGUUGCAUUCGGGUAAGUGUCGGUUCGGGUAGAUGUCACAUUCGGGUAGCUGUCGCAUUCGGGUAUUUGUUACAUUCGGGUGAGUGGAAUUCGGGUGAAUGUCUUUAGGGGAACUGUCUUUCGGGUGAGUGGAUUUCGGGUAAAUGUGACACAAUUGUUUUUGAACUCGAUGUAGAUAUCCUAAAUAUAUAUUAUUUUAAUAACAAUUUUCUAGCAUACUUUAUAGAAAUGAUAAAAUUUAAACAUAGUUCCUUGUUCAAGUAUCGGACUGGAAGCCAAUCAUUCGAGUAGAGGGAUGUGCUGCAGAAAUAUAAGGUACUCGUUCCCGUCGUUCUCGAUGUCUGAGUGUCGCAAAUUUUGCUUUGAAAUUACGACGUCCUUCUGAUUCAGAUCUUUCCAACAACAGCUGUGGUAGCUCAGGUUAUCCAUUUUAACCCUUUGCGGUCGUAUUAAUUUAAAUAUUUUGUAAACAAUAUAUAUGUAUUAACUUAACAAUGUGUUUUCAUGUAAUGUUUUCAUAUAAACAUUAUAUUUUAUAAUUCGUCUUCAUAUGAAAUCUUUCGAAACAGUCUCCAAGAGUUAAUCAUAUUAAUCAUAAUCAAUACACACUUUUAUUUUUACUAUCCGUUGAAUAUGAAACACUUUUGCCAUUGAUGCAUUAAAUGUGUAAUUAAUACCAACAAUGUUUAUCCGAAAAGAACAGCACUUUUCAAUUUUAACAAACAAUUUUUUUACAUCAGAUUAUUCAGGUGGCAUAGGAAACUUAUGCAAACAAUUAUUCUGCUAUUUAGGAACAACUAUUUUAACAUAAUUUAAACCAGCAGUUACUCAAAUAAUGAUUUCUGCGUAUCCGAAAUGGUCAGAACUUCUCACUUUAGAUGAACAAAGAUUUUGUCGCUUGAAACACUAUAAUUCUGCUGUUAUGAUUUUUGUCCCACAUUCCUAUGCAUUCAACGCACUGUGCGUUGUCUUGUGUGGGUGACUACUUUGUUUGAUACUAAGUACCGUAAACCGGGGGCAAAUUGAUCACUAAUUUCAGAAAAAUGUGAAUAUUUUCGAUUUUUUUUUAUAGAUUUAUACCCAGUUAUUUUUAAAAUCAGUACUGGUGCUAAGGCCACAAAACCUUAUGGUAAGUUUUGUUCGAAAAAUCCUGAAGCGUUAAUUUGGGAAAUUUUUAGCAUAUAAUUUUAAAAUGUAGCUUCGGGAAGAAAUCGAUCAAUCUAUAUUUAUCAAGAUUUUCUAGUAUCGUAUACACAAAAAUGUAUAAAAAAUCAAUUAUUUCUUCACCUACGGUCAUUUUAAUGAAAAUUCAAGGGUUUGAUGUUACAAAAACCGGAUUUAAUCCACCUAAAGGUGUGAUCAUGCCUUUCCAUAACUGGAUUUAAACAUUGAUCUGCAGGUCAUACGGAGACCAUUCGGGUUAUCCUAAUGUGGCCAAACACCCUUUAAAAUGGUCAUCAAUGAGCUUGUUUUGACAAAUGUGACAUCGAUAUGUCACAUGAUGGGAUUCGGUUCUGGUCAUUCGUGGUGCUUUUUUGUAAAAUAGUUUUUCUCACUUGUUUGAAUAGUAAUAACAAGUAUUUUAAUACUUAUUCAACUCAUCAAGUAUCGGCUAGAAGUGAAUUAUUAUGUUUAGCGUCUAUAAAUAUUGUUUUGAUGUGUUGAAAAUAUGUUUUUUACCAUAGUUUAAAAAAAGUGCUAUUUAGAAAAAUGUUAAUUUCCAUGCAAUUUUAAAAGUGAUUUGUUGAGAGCCAUUCAAAAAAAGAACCUUCAGAUGAUUAUUGAACAUGCAAGAUUAAAAAAGUUUAAAACUAAAUUGCAUAAUACCUCUGAAAAUUUAGGUUUGUUUUCAGUAAUUCGUUUAAUCAAUUUCACCCCGGUGAUCAAUUUGCCCCCAGACGACGGUACCGUUAUCUAUUACUCAUAGGAGCACCGUAUUUUUUCGUGAACAGCUUCGUUUAGGAAAAGCAUAAACUGAUACUUGGCUAAGUAAAAUAUGAGAUUAGCAUGGUUUCUUGCAGUGGUGGCUGAGAGCAGACAAACGACCACAAGGAGUUAAUCUUUUCUCCGUGAGAAAAUAUCACUUUCCGGUGUUCUGACUUCCAAGCCAUAUACUUUCUGACAAACCAGAGCCGGUUCUGCUCAUGGAUGUUUGGCAAUUUUGGGUUUCCUUGCAUUUUUUUUUCUACUUUUUCUUCUUGGAUGGCACUAACGUUCCUGUGGAACGUUUGCCUUCUCAACGUAGCAUUACUUGCGUCAUUUUUAUUAGUAAUACUUGGUUGAGAUUUCUAUGCCGAAAAACACGCCUUAAAUGUACUCUGGAGUGGCAAGCUCUAGAAUACGCGUGACCACAAUGCAAGCCGGAAGAAUUUUCUUUGACGAAAAAUCCCCCGGCCAGAACGGGAAUCGAACCCGAACCCCCGGCAUGAUAGUGUGGGACGCUAACGAAAUAACAGCGAGUCUAACGAACAGUGCUUGGACAUGAGUCGGGAGAAGGUGCGAAUGUAGUCCCGACUCAAGUCCAGACGUUUGAAUCAUGUUUUGAGGCUAACCUUAGGGAUGAUCGAGUGAAGCCACCGGCCCAAUUCAUCUUUGUUCCAUUUGCGUUGCCAGUUAGCGAUGGUGUUUUUAAGGACUGAAGAAAAACUCCCACCUUACUGGUAUUUGCCGGAUUCAUCAUCUAUAUUUUAUUCACUGUAACGCCAUUUUGACUGUGUCAAUGUUUAUUGGAAUUUGAGUAGUGGCAGCUUUCCACGUCCGGCAAGAAUAAGAAAUCUAGCUCAUGCUGCUCCAGAAAAAAACAGUAGUCUUUUCCGUGACGCUUCUGAAUAGUUUUCUGGUUCAUGUUUCUAGAAGUAUCGAACGUUUCGUUUUUCGAUUCACAACUGUAGAUUGACUACCAGACGGGGAACUUUUCGAGGAAUUUCGACUUCUUCUUGAUAUCACCGAAAUAUCAUAAUCCUGCCCAGUUCAAAAGUUAUGCUAACUUUUGAGCGGAAAGACCGGGAUUUUCAUUUCGAACGUGACGGAUCGAAUCGUGACGCUCUUGUUCUGGUGAAACAAUGAUGUAAACAAAUGAGCUUGUCGUGACAAUCAAUACCUACUGUGAUUCUAUACACUUUAAAAUUGAUUCAGUGAAAUGGACUCGGAAAUUACUGAACCGAUCAUCGCUUGGAUUUUUUACGUAGGGGUUUUUGGGAUAGUUCGAGACCUCUCCCCUACCAUACAACACAUAUAAAUGAAAUACAAAUUUCAGCAUAAUUAGAGAAUUAAUGAAGCAAACGAAACCAAAUUUGGCAUGUGAUGGUUUAUGGGUACGUAAAAUGUUUGUAUGAUGUAUUGAAAUACCUCCUCUGAAAGGAGGACUGGAAUGUGACGAAUAUAGAGGUCAAGAAAUGUUUCUACGAUGGUUUGGUUCCUAUCCCUUCUUUGGAAGGGUCUCAUAAAAAUGUUACACGUAUUUCAACUAAAUAUAUUCCAACUAAACAUGAUAAUUGAAAAUUUUCGUAAAACUCUGAAGGAAAAUGGGAAAAUUCGGUAUUCGGAUUUCUUCGUACUAAACCUUCAUGUUAUAUUACCAUCUCAUUCCCGACAAUUGUGAGUUACAAUUCUUAUCGAGGAGCUAAAAAAAAUUAUAAGAGGUUGUGUCCAAGACGCGAUCGCAAUGUUGACGUAGAACUACACUGUAAUUUAAUUUAAGUCGCUUGUUUAUAACUUCGGAUAUUAUUUUAUAAUGCUACGAAAUUUUAGAAUAAUUGCUCAGUAGAAUGGUUUGAUCGGGCUGAAAAGGUUUUUUUUUAAAUUCUAGGAUCAGUUGACGAUAAUUGAUUGAUGAUUCAUUCUUGUCCUCUCGGAACAAUACACUAGCUGAUCGCAUGUUGUAAUUUGUUUCAUGUUAGUGCAGUGUAAAUUUAGCUCCUACGCUUUUCCGGUGGCCUUUUUCGUUAUUGACAUACACUCGGCUACAGUCGUUUACAUACUUGUUGCACCUGCACCAUUAUCGCACAUCUCAUAACUACAUCUAUCUAUCCUUGGCACCGCAUGGAAACAACAACAAUGACAAUACUUGCAAGUAUCAAAUAUCAUGCUACAUAUUAUUGAGUGUUGUCUAAAUGGUUCUAGACAUCGUUCGUACAACGUAAACCAACCAGCACCAAACAAGCGUUCAACAUAGCAUGCCUGCAGAACCAUACAUUACGACUAAGAAUAUAAACAUAUCUAUUCUAUUCUGCGCUAUUCUCAAAAGAAACGCUGUUGUUAAUAUUACUGGCCUCGAAAAAAGUUGAAUAACUGCUCGAGAGAAGCGCAGCUGUCAUCCUUAGUGGAGAAAGUUUUGCUAUUGGCAAGCGAAACCAAAUCACAUACAAAAUUCCAUUACGACAUUUACUUCCUUGGUGAAUAAAUAAACGAAAUAAACUCUUCAUGUUAAUCUCUAUAAACUCGGAAAGAGUAGCAUUGCUUCAUUAUGAUCAAGAUUAGCGUAAACUCAAUUCUAGUCGAAGGCACUAUUGCAACUGGCACGAUUCUGGAUCAACUGCAACAUUUUCUUGUGAAUGUAAGCACACGCACCCCACACAGGCAUCGCGUAGCUAAUCACUGGAGAAAUGAUCGCCUUGAAGACUGCCUGUUUAUUAUGUCUGGAUAGUCGUGAACGUCGGGAUAUCAGCGAAUAAAGCGCCUGAGUAAGCCUUGUGCAUCUCACUACCAAUUUGUCUGGAUGGAUCUACAUAGCUGCUUGUCGUCGAUGGUGACACCAAGGUAGUACACUUCCUUCGACCAAUCAACUGGACGGCCAUUUACUUUGACGAAACAGUUAGCUGGCGGAAGCUGCUUCGGUGAGUGCUGAUGUCGGAAUAAAAUGACUUGGCUUUUCGACUCAUUGACCUUAAUUUUGCAGUCAUUCAAAUUGUGGCACUAGUGGUACUCCAGCCGUGACAAAUUUUAGCUCUGAAGAGGUUCCUGGAAGAUUGACUCCAAAAGCUCUGUUAGUAAGAUAUUCUCUUAUCAUUCUGACGAGAUAGUUCGGGAAUUUUGUCUGGACUAACUUGUGAAUGAGCCCGUUGUUCCACACGUUGUCGAACGCAUUUUCGACGUGUAGAAGGGUCAUAGCGGUGUUGUUGGAGAGCGCUCUGUUUUGUCGAAUGAUGUUUUAAACACGAACCAACUGAUGAACCGUUGAAUGCCCUUUUCGAAAGCAAAAUUGCUCAGGUACAAUGAUGUUUCUUUCUUCGAUGUGGAGCAUCAGUAAAUUAGCCGCUCAAAAACUUCACUCACUGCCGAUAGCAGUGUGCUGGGCCUGUAGAGUUGGAGUUGCAUGGAUCCUUACCAGGUUUCAGGAUAGGAAUUGCUUUCCCCGUCUUCCAGCUAGUCAGGAAAUGUUUCAGCCGGAAACAGCGCGUGAAUGUUGUUGCUAGAAAGCAAUGAGCUUUGUUGGAGAGUUUUUUUAACAACAGAUUGGAUAUACUGUCUACUCCGGGCGCCUUCAUAUUUUCACCGCGUUUUACGGCAUCACGUACUUCAUUCUCUGUCACUCAACCCUCAAACGCAGCGUCGUCAAUUUACUCAUCAAGCUGCAGAAUGGUGUCGUCCUUCAGUGGCGGGAUGACAGAAGGCCACUGCUUCAGAAUUUUGGCUACUUUCCAGAACGACUUCGAGUAGUCGCUUAGUUGUUGUACACUGCUGGUAAAGUGUUGAUUUCUGAUCAUCAACAUUCGAUCUCUUAUCACGCUGUUGAGAUGGAUGACACCUUGCUUUUCCUGAAGGCAGCCGGUGCGCUGGAAUUUAUUUAUUUAUUUAUUUAUUUAUUCAUUUUCGUCAAACGAAUGUAGACUACAUACUUAUAUAUUAAUGUUACAAUGUUUUCUUAAGUUAAAAAUUAUUCCUACGGUAUAUGUUUUCUUUUUAGCUGUUUUUUUUAUUGUUGUGUCAAUAAAUUCGCAGUGCUGAUUGUAUAUACGUAUCAUGCGAUUAAUAGGAGCGUUGUUUGCAUAAUUUGUUCUGGAUGUUUUGGUUAGAAACAAAUUGCGUGUUCUUAGUUCACGCCCAGGUACAUAGAAAUUUAAUCUUUCUAGUAAUUCAGCUGAUUGUCCUCGUUGCGAAAUUAGAUCAUUAGCAAGCAUUGCAAUUUUACGGCGUUCCUUUAGUACUUGGAUGUUUAUGAGCAUGCAGCGUGCUUCAUAUGAAGGAAGUGGAAAUGAGGUCCAGUUCAACUUACGGAGUGCAAAUAAGAGAAACGGUUUCUGGACUGACUCAAUGCGUUCUUCAUGUACGACCAUAUACGGGUUCCUAACGAUGUUACAGUAUUCCAGAAUGGGCCUUACGUAUGUGAUAUACGAAAGCUUGAUUGUGUAUGAGUCGUGGAAGUUAUGUGAGAAGCGUUUGACAAAGCACUAUUUGCCUUAUUGAUUACAGAGUUGUAGUGUUCAAUGAAUGUGAGUUUACAGUCCAGGACGAUGCCUAGAUCUCUAACUAUUUCACAUUUCUCUACAUUUUGAUUUCCAAGACGUAUUACAAUAUUUGGACAUGAUUUUUUCUGCUAAAUGUAAUGGAGUUGCAUUUUUGUACAUUUAGUUUUAAUAGAUUUUUAUUACGCCAAAUAUGGAAUACAUGUAUUUCGUUUCGAAAUGCUUCGAUGUCGUUUUCAUUUCCAAUUUCCGCGAAAAGCUUCAUGUCGUCGGCAUACACAAGUACAUUGAUACGCUUGAGAACGAAUGAGAUGUCAUUAACGUACAGAAUGAAAAGAAGAGGACCAAAAUGAGAGCCUUGUGGGACCCCCGACUUUUACUGGAUUUGAGAGAGAAUAUUGAAAAUGAACAAUUUGUUCACGAUUUGUUAGAUAACAAUUGAGCCAGUUUAAGAGUCCUUGUUCCAUUCCAAUUUUCUGAAAUUUGAAGUGUAGUAAUGGAAUGUCGAUGCGGUGCUUUACUGAAGUCAGUGUAAAGAGCUUCUACAUGUUUACCAUUUUUCAUUGCAUUCAAAAUAAAAGACACAAAUGCCAACAUAUUGGUAGUAGUUGAGCGGCCUUUGAAGAAGCCAUGUUGCAUACACAUUAUUCUAUUCUUUACUUGUUGGAAGAAUUUUUCAUUGACUAUUGCUUCGAAUAGUUUAGGAAUGCAAGAGAUAAUGGCAAUUGCGCGGUAAUUACGUACGUCAGAUUUAGCGCCUGAUGUGAAGAUAGGUACCAAAAAAAGAUUGUUUCCAUUUUUCUGGGAAUAUUCCAGUUUGUAGUGACAUAUUGAAAAUGCAAUACAAGGGAAGGGUGAGUUCCUCAGCCAGGUUCUUCAGAAACACAAGUGCUAUUCCGUCAGGUUCUGGUCCUUUCGUUCCAUCUAAUUUCUUUAAUGCAUGGCAUAUUUCUUGUUGUGAAAGAUAGUUUACCGAUAUUUCAUUUGAAUAUUCCGGUAAAAAUGAAAAGUGGGAUCGCGAUUUUCUUCGGAAAAUGUGGUAAAUAUUUCCUGAAAGAAAUUUGCAAAGAGAUUACAAAUUUCGUUCGAAGAAUUCCCUACAUCUUCAUCGAGAUGCAUCUGCGAUGUAAAGUUAUUGCUUUUGAGCUUAGACUUUUCGUAAUUAAAGAAUUUCUACGGACAUAAUUUGACUUCUGUGUCGACCUUUCUAUUAUUCGAGUGCACAUUUAAUGGCAAAAUUUAGUUCUUUGGAAAUAUUCUGAUAUUCCAGCAAAUUUUGAUUACUUUUGUCUAUUUUGUAUUUUUUGUGUGCUUUUUGUUCUCUAUUCUUUAAUUUUCUUAUUUGAGCGUUAUACCAAAUUGGAUAUUUGCUGGUUGAAUUUCUUCGUCUUCUUUUCUUCGGCACAAAUUCUGAUAUUAUUUUAAUCAGAAUUUCUUGAAGAAUAUGUACGGAUAAGUUGACAAGUCGCCUCUUGACGGUGUCACGUUGCGGAACGAGUCGUCUUGUGUCAAUGUCAGUUUUGGUGAAAUGUUUUCUCACUUGGACCCGGCGAAUACAUGUUUCUUCUGCAGCGUGUAUGGCAUCCUCGAAGAUGCCCAACUGGUGGUCUAUGGCUUCAAGGGAUGAAAAGUCCGGUUCGUAGGAUGAGCUUCUAUCCACUAGACGACUGAGACGCAACAAAUUUGAUUAACUUCGGAAAUAAAGCUUAUUUUAGGACAUUUUCGAUGUGACCACCAGUGUUGCCACACGUACAGAUUUAUCUGGAAAAGGUACAUUUUUUUUUCGUUAUUUUUGGUACAGAUUCUGUACGGUACAGAUUACAGAUUGUCGUCAAAAAGUACAGCGUUUGGUUCAGAUUUUUCCCGCGUGUGAAAUUUCUCUCUUUUUUCAUCAGUAUUAUUACUUGAACUCACUAGAGAUGCAUCUCUUGGUAUGGAUGAAAACAAAUCAAAACGUAUCUAUGAAGCUUGAUGUAAAGAACAGAUUUGUGCCUCAUGCAUGUAUUUGUAGUAAGUAAAUCUAAAUAUAAAGUUAGUUAAUUAUAUAUAAUAUUUCCUAGUAAAUAAAUGGGUAUUUUUUCAUACUUCAUGAUUUUUCUCUACGAUGAGUAUUGCCGAUGGUACAGAUUUUUGGUACAGAUUUUUUGAAGAAAAGGUACAGGUGAGAAAGAUUUUUUACCCUUCGAGUACACAUGAAAAUGUGGCAACACUGGUGACCACCCCUUUUUUCGAUAACGCGUUUUUAACGGUGAACAAAAUUCUUCAUGCACAACUCUAACAUUACAACUUCGAUGCUGCUGAAAAUCCGAUUUUUUCUUCUUUAAGUUUUUGUGGCUUAUUAAAUGUCAAAUGUCACAUGGUCCGGUCUAACUUAACUAGUCCCCCCAAAGUUUUCAUUGUGUUCAAGGGAGAAGCGAGCUUGUCACUCCAGGUAAUUUAUUUCCAUCUUGAAGAAAACUUCCAACGCUGAAAUACAUACAUUGAAGGUGGCGAUAAGUCAAUAUGUAUGAAAUCAAAAUAGAACAUGGUAUCGUUAUUUAGUGGCCUCAUAUUAACACCACUCUGUAAAUUACAUUCUAUUAAAGCUUUCGCUCAUCCACUAGGUAGCUCACCGUCGAUCCCACCAUCAUCAUUUCCCUUCAUUGGGAUUUCAUUUUUCACAUCCUCCGGGGAACCUCCAACCGGGACGGGAGCUUACUUCCGUCUGCCUGUGAGUUCAUUUGCCAAUUGUACGGGCUAACACAUCGCAAAGCCGCAAAAAGGGGCGUUUAUCCCUAAGGUAUACUUCCUGUUGCGGGUGAGUCCCAUUCAUGCAACGUACUUCUCAUUCAUUCAUUAUGCCGCCCAUCGUUUUUUUUCUGCUGCCCCCGUCGUCGGUUGACUGAUGGAGACUGUCAGUGCGAGGUCAAAGCCAUUGGCUGACUAGCUGAGACAGACUGUCUUGAUCAAGCUUUCACCGAGCUUCGUUUCCGGACUACCUUUUUGUGGGUAUGCCUUAAAGUUAACCGAGAAUAUGAUGGUGCGGAAGAAAGUGAAAAAACUGCUUUAUAGAUAUUUCUGCGAAACUAACAUAAUUUCUGAUGUGAACAUGGGAACGAAAAAGAAAAGAUAAAAAUAUCACGAAAAUUAUUGUAAAAAACGUCCGUUAUGGUUUUGUUUCGGAAUUCUGAAUGGAAGCUCAACGUUAUUUACAAUAAUUUUCAUGAUAUUUUUUUUCAUCUUUCAUCAUCUGCAAUGUUUCUGACGCACUUUUACCAAGGUUCGCGUUAAAUUUGAUGAUUUUUUGUUGAAUUUCUUUAUUGCGGUGGUACAGUUACAAUAUCAAUUUAAUUCAUAUCUUGGAAAAUACUGUUCUUCAACACAAAGAUUGAUGUGUACAAUCAUUCAAGCUCAAUACAAUCUAAGUUUAUCUUUCACACGUUAAAAACGUUAGCAUUCAGCUUAUGCUGACAAAUCACAACGGUUCGUCCGAAAUGUCCGAUGUACGACGAUUGGUAUAAAUUUCAAUUCCCACUGAGAAUCAUAAAACAGCGACAUUCCUUGGUCUGAAGAGACCCCACAAGGUAGAGUCCCUUCGCUUUAAUAUCCUUUGUUUAACGACCAUAAUGUGCCUUCGCGUGUGCAGCCCAACCACAGCAUCACACUGCAUACCGCAGCACAGAUUCCAUUAGCCCUGUCCUGGUGUGUCCUAUGUGGUGUGGUGUACCAGGGAAGCAGUCAGCCAAUGAGCCAUCUGGGAAAUGUGUGGCGGAACCUUUGAAAAAAAGUUUAAACAUUUAUUAUUAUAUGGCUUUUUUUUGUGGAUGGUAAAACAUUCCGGAACAUCUUGCUGGGAAGCAACAUGGGGGUGAUUGAUGGGGACCUGGCUGUUAUCUUCUAUGGCAAGCCAUGGCAUCUAACUUCCAGGUCAUGAACGAAUAAUUGCUUCGAACCGCUCCCCAAAAUUGACCAAUGACCAACCGACUGAAAUUGAUUUUCUGUCGAUUCGAACGUCACGGUAAAUAAAUUUUACUUUUUUCUCCACUCGACACGUAUGAGUCAAUGUUUCCACCCUGUCGAGCAUCGGAGAAUUAAUAAGCAUAAUUCGAAGCGAUCACUUUCUCGUCCCCGUCUCGUUUGCCUGUCAAGUCCUAAAGCACCCUUCCGUCUCGUGGCAUCUCCUGGAUUGGCGGCUCUAAUCGCCGUCACAUAUGUGUCAAGCAAUUAAUUGAGUUAUAAUGAGUUUCAAAAUAACUUCCAAAUUGCUCCUCAAGAGUGUGACACCAUUCCUCCUUCCCCGUCAUGCGAGAGGGGAGAGCGAGUUUCGCAAGUCAAGCGUGAAUUUGCUAUAGCAGGAGGAAGAUGCUGUUCGACUUCGAGAGGUGGUAUACGAAACCACUCAUUCGUCACUGCUUGCACAAGUUUAAAGUGUUGACGAUUUUAAAACGAACUUUUCCCCUGAUAACUCGGGGGAAAGAAGCUCAAGUAUUUUCGCGAGUGCAAGCAGUUUUCGUGUUUUUCAAUUACGAGCUGAUUGAGGAAAAGUUCUGCCAAGCAGACUGUCGUCAACAUGACCCUCCAUCAGUCUCACAAAUGUUUGGGAGAGGCAACAGGGGUGCGGAUGCAUUAACUUUUUAUUUUGUACUGACGGUGUGAGGGUAUCAUUUUCCGCAAUGUUAAUUACGCGAACAUGUAUUGCAAUUGUUCGAAAAUGUGACAGAUCUGUGAUUGAUUGCGAUUCGGCAAUUGUCGAUGGUGCUGAUUGACAUUUUUCCCAUGCUGAAUUAUGCGCAAUGUUGGCGAGGAGGCGUUGGUAGUGGCUUGUAGUGUCGAUCGUUUUACCGAAUGAUGUCAUAGCAGAUGUGCUCGAGCACUCACGCACAACGCGGCACGACAAUGUGACAGUGACAUGUUACAUGUUCAUCGAAAAAUUUGUAGUGAAGGACAAGAAACAGUGAUUUAUGCGUUCGUAGGUGAUAUGAUAUUUGUAUAAGAAUUUUAACAGCGAGGAGUGAGUAAAACUUGUAUACUCUUCACACUGAAGUUAUUAGUAAUCCCAUGAUGAGGAAAACUAUUUCUAACAGAAAUCGUUUUCGAAAUAUUUAUACAAAAAAAGAUGGGUGAUAGAAGUUUUCAAUUUAUGUAAAGGACCAGGGUUUGUGUCCUUGAUAUACCCCUACAAGGUACAAGAAAGACGCACCACGCUAGAUAUGGGGUACAGACUAGGGGGGCGUUGCUGAUUAAUGGUCAGCUGCAUCCCAAUAGGAAGUAUUCCGUAUCGGGCACACGUACAGAGCAUCGAAGACUGCAACAUACCAAUUAUGAGAACACUUGUAAUACUAACCUCGAGCCAAUCGCGAGUAAUCGGUUACAAAAUACUAACAUAGUUGUAAGCAAACAUUGUCGAAAUGUUGAACUCCCGGCCCCGUUAGGCUGACGCCAUAUGAGCCUUAAUAAAAAUAUAUAUUUUGGAUAAAAAAAAAGGUACAAGUUGUACAUCUUGUACCUUGUAGGCGGUAUAUCAUCCAAGAAUCAUUUUCUCGUAACGACAGGAAGCGAGGUCUGGGGAGAACAGCAAGAAACAUUCCUUUUCCCCUUUGGGUUUAUUUCUUAAGUGUUGUUCAAAUCGACAUACAUGUAUUAUUCAGCGAAAAAUUUUCCCACCUUUUGAAUUGGUUAGCUAAGUGCGUUUUCAAAAUUUAGACCUACAUAGCCCAAAACAUUAAAAGUGUGGUGACCAUUUGAUGGUUGAGCUCUCAUGAGAAGCGUAGAGGGAUGCUUCCAUCAAAUAUAAUUUUUCUGUCUCACUCUAAGAUGUUAUCGAUAAGUCUUAAAACCAAUAAUAUUGGAGGAAUAAUAUUUUAAAAUGUCGACAACGCAAAUUCAGUUGCAUGCAAAUCGGAAUGAGAACGUCUGACAGCUUUGAUGGAUGAUUUGUUUGUUGUUUCAUAAAAAAUAAUACAAAAUUCAUUCUUCAGCUGGACCUUUGAACUACAGCUCCGAAAUUAUUUAAAACAUAAUAAACAUUUUGCAUGGAUAUGGAAUAGCUCUUCUACAGAACUCGGUUUCUUCAUCCUGGUGGAAUAAACGAACUACUAUCUCUAUUGCCAAUGGAAAUAGUUCGAUUGAUCGCAGUUUAUCUGUGUUACUUUCAGGAUACUGAUUUCAGUGAAGAAAUUUAACGAUAUGAGAAAAAUAUAGAUGUACGACCAGGCAGCAUUCUCAUGCAGCUCAACUCUUUUAUUGAUAAAUACGGAUUACUCUUGGUGAGCGGAAUGUUUGAAAAUUCUUGAAAAUUCAGAACAAAAGCUAGUUAAUUUCUGAAUAUAAAUGUCUCCACGUGGACAUUAUCCUUAGUAGAAGUUUUGGCAGCCCGAAAAAAUGCUGUGGGUUUAUCGAAACAGCUGGAGACGGUUAAUGCAUGAUUCAUUCUUGUUCUCGUGAGAGCAAUACACAAGCUGGACUUAUGACAUUUGUGUCCUUAUUGACAAUGUACGUAAUGUAUUUUUCCACACACAUACUGCAGCCAUAUACGAUUCUUUAUUCGUACUACCACCACCAUUUUCAAUGUAUAAAAUAGUCGUCCGAUCGCUAGCUGAAACUGAUGAAUAUAAUGUGUAUGAUAACACAUGAAAACAAUAUCAAUGUUUUCCUGUAUACACUGCGUUUCAUAGCUAUAGAACCACUCAAUUUUUCUGAGUUUCCAGAGAUAUGUAAGAAGUCGAUUGAAUAGAAGUAUGUAGUGUAGAAUACAAUAACUAUCUUCCUUCAUAAGACUGGCCAUUUGAACUUUUUUGCUGUGUUCAGGCGCGAAACAUCCAGAAAACUAAAAUUCACCUUAUGCUUGAAGAUUUUUAUGACUUUUUUUCUCUUCAAAUAAAUACCAAUAAUGCCUUCUGUGAGUACACGAGUUACGAUUGUUCGCGUGAGUAUACUGCCGUUCUCCGCAUAGUUGUCCUAUGUUCAAAAAUUAGCAACUGAGAAAAACGCAAUCAAAGCUUUCUACCAUAUUUGUCUACCUGUCUACCUUAACCUUAAGCAUUUCAGUUUAGCAAUAUAUUGGAUUUUUUUUAUAAGUAGAAAACUAUUGUUUAAUGAAAUAUGAACAGAUUCCCUCACUUGAAUCAAUCAAUCUUGGUUAUGGGCUUAAACAUUCAUGAUGGGACAGUUAUGCCUAGAAUAUCAACAUGGGACAAUUGAACUUGAUGUUGUAUUUUGAAAUACUAGGAACAAAUAAUAAGUUUUUUUUCCGAAAGAUUAUGCAUAAAAACAUCGUUUAUGAAGAAGUGAUCUGCGAUACCUUUGCAGAAUAUAAAUCCCAUUGUUAUUAGGCAUUCGCCAACUAGAUGUUCUGUUAAACUUUAUUUUAUUAGUUUAAGAUUUGGUUCGUUAUUCGCUCAAACCAGAAAUGAGUGCAUUAGCUUUGCUGAAGGCGUGACAUAAAAUUCUUGUACUUGAACCGAUUUAUUUAUUAUCGAUCGACAAAAAAAACAUGGUGGGACAGUUAUGCUUAGAAUAUCAACAUGGAACAAUUUAGCUUGGUGUUGUUUUUUUUAAAGCUGGGAAUAAACUAUAACUUUUUUUUUGUGUUUUUCCGAAUAAUUAGGCAUGAAAACAUUGUUUUAUGACAAAAAGGGAAAAUUGUCAAAAAGUAACAUGGGACAACUAUGCGUAGAACGGCAGUAUAGGUAUAGUGUUAAGGAAUUUCUCGUGAAAUUUAGUUUAUUCGACCUGAUAUCUUUGACAAAUCAUCAGUUUUGACGACUGUUUACACAUUCUAGGAUAGAUGAACAGGUGUUUUGUUUAAUCUCAGCGAUUAAUUCGAAUAAAAAUUACUUUGAAAGCGUAAAGGGAUGGGGCAAAGUGAUCAGUGGUGGAUAACGACUUAUAAUGUUCUGUUUACUGAAGCUGAUGUACCUUAUCACAUUCUGCUCUUGAAGAGGUCCCUUUUGUGGCUUUGGUCCUGGAAAAGUAUGCCACACUAAUUAAACCAAGCUUCAUUAUGCGAAACGUUAUGUGUUUCGUUUUGUGUUUUACUAAUGUGUUUGCAUACAUGAGAAAAUUUUAAUUACGACCCUAGGUAUAUGGGCCAAGCUCAUUUCAUUUAUUUGUCAAUUCAUCAAUUCAUCAUACAUGUAUCUAUUGUUCCAAUAAUGAUUAAAAUAAAUAAAAAAAACGCAUAAAUUUAUCCCAUUUAAUAUGAUACGCGCUGCAAGCCAAAUUUCAACAAUAAGUUGAACUACAAUAUUCUUCGAAAAAUGGGUAUUGAUGCGGUAUGUGGACGCACGAAAAAGACACAUUUUUUAGAGCUAUGCUCCCACUUCCCCUACUGCUUGUAAGCUUCAUCUACUAUUCGUACGAUCACUCCCUAUAAGUUCUAGAUAGGGUUUUGAUCUGGUAAACAAGCUGACCAGUCCAGAAUCUGGGGCUUCAGAUUCAUGACUUUCCGGAUUUUAUGAAUUGAUGCCAAAUGACCCAAUUAUCACGGUGUAAUUUUUCAACUCGUAACUUUGCAGGCGGAAAGUUACUUUAGUUUGAGGUAAAUAUUUUCAAAAAAGACCUGGUUUAGAUAGCUUGUCAUAAACACGAAUGAACAGUCAGAAGUGCAACGAAGUACUUCAGAAUCAUUUACCGUCGAUGGGGAUGAAAAUAGGUUAUGAGGGUGAAAUUGGGUCAAAAAUGGAGAAAGUUACUAUUAGUAAUAUCUUGAAAAAUAUUGCGAAUAUAUUUGAAAGCUGUGAGCCGUUUAAUAGGAGACAUAUUUCCACAACUUCCAAUGCAUAACACUUAACUGUAGUACAAAUAAUUAUUAUUUAAUAAUUCAUCAAAGUUUGAUGUGUAAAUAGCCAUCAAAUAACACCUUAGAAAAAAACUCAUGCCCAGCAUUAUACAGAACUACUAAAAUUGUAAAUAUUGGAUAGAAUUAUUCUUUAAAGUCUUGCCAGAUGAGUCAUUACUGAUUUUGAACAUUUUUCCAUUCGAAUUUCAAUAUUUUCGAAAUAAUCUCUUAUUAACACUAAGUGGGGAUGAUGGGUCAUGCACAAAAUUGAAUUCCAUGCAAAACCGACAUAGGGAUUGUCAGAUUUGCAUGAAAAUUGGUAGUUUUAUUCCUCAACGUAAAAUAGUAGAUCCGUAUUUUUUAUUUUUUUCAUCAGGGUGGCCAUUUCCAUGUUGAUAUUUCCAUUUUAUAGUGGUCCGAAAAAUCAUCUUUUCCCCUUUUUCUUUUUCUUU